AUGUCGGGAAAAGAGAUUCCUCCACCUCAGACCUCAAGUAAUUCUGGGGCGAGGUCCAGGUCUGUCAGUGGAAGACAAACUCCAAUGUCCACGGCUGACUCGAACGACAACGAGGACGACAGAAUGUCUGUCAGCUCUUGUUCGAACACUAACACCAAACGGGUAAACAGAUUGUACGAUUUCGAGAAGGAAUGUUCGCUGGAACAGUCUCCAUGUUCAUUAUCUUCAGGUAAGGAGUUUUUGGGUAACAAUAUUGUGUUAUAACGAUAUUAUUGUUCUCAAGUUUGUAGUUUUGCUUACUUUCGAAAUUAAGACUCAAAGAUUGAUCUUUCCUUGAUUCCUGUAAUAUCCGAUCAACUUUUGCGGACUUGGUCUGAUGGAGAAAGUGGCGGAUUCGACAAGGCCGAUGUUGGUUUACUUGGAAAGAAAGCGCUGGAUCUUCUUCACAUUAAAAAUUCUGCCGAGGUAAGUAAAACAACUUAUAAGCUUGUUAAAAAUAACAUUGUAUUGCAGACACGUGCCGAGGAGCUCCAUAACAGAGUAUUGGCAUUAGAAGCAACGAAUCGUCGGAUGCGAGAAACAAACGUUAAAAUGCAAGCUCGAGUUGAACAAGAAGAGGAAUACAUAUCAAACAUGCUACUGAAGCGCAUCCAGAAGUUGAAGAGUGACAAAGAAUCUAUUGCGUUGAAGUAUGAAGAAGAGGAAGAGCAUCUAACUAAUGAUUUGACAAGGAAAUUGAGUCAGGUUGGUGGUCAAUAUUUGAAAAAAUUAACUAGUUAUUAUAACAUUCAUAGAACAUCUUAUUUUUUAAAAACUUUUAGCUUGAAAAACAACGUGAUGAGUUAGUGAACAGGUUGAGCCGAGAACAGAACUCUAUCAUGGACAACUUGGUGACAAAAGUAAGGAAAUUGGAGGCUGAAGUCAGAACAAAUCAGAAGACAUUGGAGCAGCUUCGUCGUGAGAAAGUCGACAUGGAAAACUCUUUGGAACACGAGCAAGAAGCUUUGUUCAACAGCUUGAGCAAGCGUGUAGAUCAACUUGAAGCCGAGAAGCGACAUCUUUACUCCAUGAUAAACCCAGCUUUGCAAGAAGUUAGCGGAACAGCUCCGCCGACUCCUAAUGAGUAAGUUCAGAUUAAUUUUUAUAUUUCCUCAAUUUAGUUCGACCAGAAACUCUGUCAGUGGAUUCGUGGUUCCGACUAACGCGGCCGAAGACAGCUCCGAGAUGUUAGCCAUCCGAAACCAACUUGCCAGAGCCAGGAAUACCGUGGUGACGUUAAGACAACGAGUCAGCGAUCUAGAGAAGGAGAAGAAAGGAAACCAGCACAAGUUGCAGAAGCUGGCAGCCUUUGAACGAGAUGUUCCGACAUACGAAGAGUUCUGUCAGUUCAUCACGGAGAUCAACAAGAACACCACCACUUCUCAGGAUUCAGAAUACAGUCGGCCGUCGCCUUCGCACAGCGAAUCCUCGAUUUCUGUUCCUGGAAGCAGUAAGUGCGAUUCAGAGCAAUUUUAAGUAUACUGUGUGCUGUGUGUGUCAAUAUAGAUAAUGGUUUAAGCCAUUCCAGUGUCGGACCUUGAGAAAGCUGGACGUUCUCCUGUCUCCUUCAGUUCUCGUGAUGUAUCCAUGGAUUGUAAGUUUUAUGUAAUUCAAACCUUAUUUACCACUUAUCAUGUUUCUAGAAAAUCAUGUAACUUUGAGCCGUAUUGUUUAUAUUACUGUACUUAUAUUUCAAAUGUGUCAGUAUUGUUGUUUCAGCGUUCGCGGACAAACUGGACGGAUGA